GCGCGGCGGGUGACGGUUGGAGGGAAGGAGCGAACAGUGAACGGCUGCGGCGUGAGCUGUUACACAGCCCAGUCUCGCACGGCACCAACUACAUGCAGGCGAGUGGCUGCGGCAAGCUCGGGGGCCAAGACUUAUAUCUAUAUAUUUAUAUAAGAGAAAAAUAUACAUUAGUUUUUUAAAUAUAAAAGUCCACUCGGUAUGUCUUUCCCCCCUCUCUGCCGUUCAACUGGAUCUCAACUAAAAGUCUGAACUUGGAUUUCUUUUUUAUCUUCAUCUCCAACGCUCCCCAGUUUUCUUUUUCUUUUGAAGAGAUUUAAUUUUUUUGGCUUGCCUCUCGAAAUUGAGAGGUGCCACUGCAAUUGUGUCCUGUGUUUGCGCCCCCACCUCCCCCCCUGCCACCAACUUCUCUAUCUCCUGUCUGCCUUGGAGCACCGAGUAUUUGGCUGAGACGGGAGGGAGUCCAGCCCCGGCUACACUAUGUGGAUACGGUGGCUGCUGAAACUUUCCGUGGGAUUUACAACUUUCUUAUCUGUUGCGGUGCAGACAGGCGUAGGUGCGGCGCAGCAGAAUCCCAAUGCUGAUAAAUAUAAUAACAACAGCAACCAGAAGACUGCAAAUAGGUUAAGACGACGAGGCGGAUCAAGCCAGGACGUACUGAAAGGGCCAAAUGUUUGUGGGUCACGGUUCCAUUCAUACUGCUGCCCGGGUUGGAAAACGUUACCUGGUGGAAACCAAUGCAUUGUCCCAAUUUGCAGGAACUCAUGUGGUGACGGCUUUUGUUCACGACCAAACAUAUGCACAUGCCCAAAUGGUCAGAUAGCGCCAACAUGUGGUUCAAAAUCAGUCCAACAGUGUAACAUUCGAUGCAUGAAUGGUGGCUCCUGUGCUGAGGAUCACUGCAUUUGUCAGAAAGGAUAUAUUGGGACUCACUGUGGACAGCCUACCUGUGAGAAUGGCUGUUUAAACAAUGGAAGAUGUGUUGCUCCCAAUCGAUGUGCCUGUACUUAUGGAUUUACAGGAGCACAGUGUGAACGAGAUUACAGAACUGGACCAUGUUUCACAUCAGUAGAAAAACAGAUGUGCCAAGGACAAUUGACUGGCAUUGUCUGUACCAAAAUCCUUUGUUGUGCAACAGUUGGACGAGCCUGGGGGCAUCCAUGUGAGAUGUGUCCCGCCCAACCACAACCAUGUCGUCGUGGUUUUAUUCCAAAUAUUAAAACAGGAGCUUGUCAAGAUGUCGAUGAAUGUCAAGCUAUUCCAGGAAGCUGUAGUGGAGGAAAUUGUAUAAAUACCGUAGGCUCCUUUGAAUGCAAAUGCCCAGCUGGACAUAGAUUUAGUGAAGUGACUCAAAAAUGUGAAGAUGUUGACGAGUGCAGUACUAUUCCUGGUAUAUGCCAUGGAGGUGAAUGCUCAAACACAAUUGGAAGUUACUUUUGCAAGUGUCAUCAUGGCUACCACCCUGCUGGAGAUGGUUCAAGAUGCAUUGAUGCACGUCCUGGAAUUUGCUAUUUUGACCUGGUUAAUGGUCGUUGUGCCAAAGAAAAUUCAAGACCUUUCAACAAAUUGGAGUGUUGCUGUGACACGGGUCGGUGUUGGUCAGCUGGUGUAAUUCCUGAAAUGUGUGCAAUGCGUGGAACUGAUGAAUAUAUCAAGUUGUGCAUUGAAAGUUCUUGGACAGAUGGUAGACUUAGACCCAGGCCUGACGGCGGUCUCCGGCCUGACGGCGGUCUCCGGCCUGACGGCGGUCUCCGGCCUGACGGCGGUCUCCGGCCUGACAGUGGUCUCCGGCCUGAUGGCAGACCUGACUAUUGGACUAAUGGGGGUCGUCCUCACCUUGGACCAAGGCCUUUAAAUGUAACUGAUUAUUGCCAGAUUUAUAGAAACCUCUGUUUAUAUGGACAAUGCAUUCCACUUCAAGGACCUAGUUAUCGCUGCGAAUGUUAUAUGGGUUAUAAACUUGAUGCAAGAGGAGAAUGUGUUGAUGCUGAUGAAUGUAUAAGCAAUCCCUGUAUGCAUGGAAAAUGUGAGAACACACAAGGCUCUUACUUUUGCCGUUGUGAUCCUGGCUUUCAAAGCACUGCUACUAAGAUUACUUGUGUGGAUAUUGACGAGUGUGUUCAGAAUGGUCAAAUCUGUAAAUAUGGACGUUGUGUGAAUACAGAAGGCAGUUUCCAGUGUAUUUGUAAUGCUGGAUUUCAGCUGACACCAGAUGGUAAAAAUUGCAUGGACCAGGAUGAAUGUUCCCAGAAAAACAUGUGUAUGAAUGGAAUGUGCAUCAAUGAAGAUGGCAGCUUCAAGUGCAUCUGCAAACCUGGCUUUGAGUUAGCUUCUCAUGGACGCGUAUGCAUUGACAUUGAUGAGUGCCACACACCAGGAAUUUGUAUGAAUGGGCGGUGUGUGAACACAGAUGGCUCCUACAGGUGCGAAUGUCCUCCUGGCCUAGCUAUUGGACUUGAUGGACGAGUCUGUGUUGAUACUCAUAUGAGAAGCACCUGCUAUGGUGGUUACAAGAGAGGCCAGUGUGAUCGCCCAUUACCAGGAGCCUUCACCAAAUCUCACUGUUGUUGUGCCAAUACUGAUCACGCCUUUGGAGAGCCUUGUCAACCUUGUCCAGCAAUAAAUUCUGCUGAAUAUCAUGCACUUUGCAGCAGUGGACCUGGUAUGACAAGUGACGGGAGAGACAUCAAUGAAUGUGCAUUGGAUCCUGAUAUUUGUCCUAAUGGAGUGUGCGAGAACACUCGUGGCAGUUACCGAUGUGUUUGCAAUUCUGGUUAUGAAGUUGAUAUAUCUGGGAAAAAGUGUGAAGAUAUCGAUGAAUGUUUUAUUAAUAGUCUGUUAUGUGACAAUGGUCUCUGCAGAAACACACCUGGGAGUUUUACUUGUUCCUGCCCGAAGGGAUAUGUAUUUAAACCUGAAUCUGAAACAUGUGAAGAUGUAAAUGAAUGCGAGACCAAUCCUUGCAUUAAUGGAGAUUGUAAGAACGUACCCGGCAGCUAUUCUUGUCAAUGUUUUCCAGGAAGUACUCUUGACACAUCAAGAACUCGGUGCAUAGAAACAGUUAAGGGUACAUGCUGGUUGCAACACAUUGGUGGACAAUGCGAAAUAAACAUCAAUGGUGCCACACUGAAAUCAGAAUGCUGCUCAACAUUGGGUGCUGCUUGGGGAAGUCCAUGUAUUCCUUGUAAAAUAGACAGCAUCUGCCCUAGAGGAUACACAAGAGUUAAUGGAACAAUCUGUGAGGAUGUAAAUGAGUGUAAAGUCUUCCCUGGCGUGUGCACCAAUGCUGAUUGUGUGAAUACACCUGGAUCAUUUAAGUGCGUUUGUUCUAAUGGUAUGACCUUGGACAGUAGUGGACGAACAUGUGUUGAUAUUCGUUUGGAGCACUGCUAUUUGAAAUAUGAUGAAGAUGAAUGCGUACAACCUUUAGAAAUCCGAUUACGCAUUGAUGCUUGCUGCUGUUCUAUCGGUGCUGCUUGGGGACCAGACUGCGAGAGAUGUCCCAAAAAAGGCACAAGUGACUACAAAGCUCUUUGUCCACGAGGAUCAGGAUUUUCUACCAGAGGAGAGCCCAAUGGGAAACCGUUGGUAAAAGAUAUCAAUGAAUGCAGGACCAUCCCAGGUAUCUGCAGCAAUGGGAAGUGCAGAAACACCAUUGGGAGCUUUAGAUGUAAAUGUAAUAGUGGCUUCACCCUUGAUUCAGAAGAGAGAAACUGUACAGAUAUUAAUGAGUGUCGUAUCUCCCCUGAUUUAUGUGGUCCUGGAACUUGUGUUAACACACCUGGAAGUUUUGAUUGCGAAUGCUUUGAAGGAUAUGAAAGUGGAUUUAUGAUGAUGAAAAUCUGCAUGGAUAUUAAUGAAUGUGAACAAAAUCCUCUUCUGUGUCGUGGUGGUACCUGUGAGAACACAGAUGGAAGUUUCAAGUGUGUCUGUCCUCGUGGCCAUGAAGUGUCUGUAGAUGGAACGUCAUGUGUAGAUAUUAAUGAAUGUGAGUUGAGCGACAACCUUUGUAAAAAUGGACGUUGUGUCAACAUGAUUGGACAGUACCAGUGUGCUUGUAAUACUGGAUAUCAAGCAACACCUGACAAACAAGGUUGUGUUGACAUCGAUGAAUGUACAAUCAUGAAUGGAGGAUGUGAGACUUAUUGCACAAAUUUUGAUGGCAGUUAUGAGUGCAGCUGUCGGAGUGGCUAUGCAUUGCUCCCAGACCAACGAUCUUGUACAGAUAUUGACGAAUGUGAGGAUAAUCCUGAUAUUUGUGAUGGAGGACAGUGUGCCAAUGUACCUGGAGAAUAUCGAUGUCUCUGCUAUGAUGGAUUCAUGGCUUCUGAGGAUAUGAGGACCUGUCUAGAUGUCAAUGAAUGUGAACUUAAUCCAAAUAUAUGUCUUAGUGGCACUUGUGAGAACACCAAAGGAUCAUUCAUUUGUCACUGUGAGCUAGGCUACUCUGUGAAGAAAGGAACAACUGGUUGUACAGAUAUUAAUGAAUGUGAGAUCAGUGCACAUAAUUGUGACAAGUUUGCUAUAUGUACCAAUACACCAGGAAGCUUUAAAUGUGCCUGUGCAGAUGGCUGGUCAGGAGAUGGCAUCAAAUGUUCUGAUGUGGAUGAGUGUUCAAAUGGAACCCAUAAGUGCAGCCCCACUGCUGAAUGCAUGAACACGGAUGGCUCAUAUCGAUGUACAUGUAAAGAGGGUUACAAAGGAGAUGGCAUGUUUUGUACCGACAUUGAUGAAUGUGCUGAAAAUGUGAACUUUUGUGAGAAUGGCCAUUGCUUAAAUACGCCUGGGGGUUACCGUUGUGAAUGUGACAUGGGCUUCACGCCAACUGUGGAUGGCAGGGCAUGUCAAGAUCCUCGCUUGGGCAGGUGCUUCUUGGAAUAUUCAUUGCGUGGAGAUAACACCCUUUCUUGCAGCAAUGAGAUUGGAGUGGGAGUUUCAAGAGCAUCUUGUUGCUGUUCUUUGGGCAGAGCCUGGGGGUUUCCAUGCGAACUGUGUCCUUCUAUCAAUUCAUCGGAAUACAGAACUCUUUGUCCUGGAGGAGAAGGCUUUCGUCCUAAUCCCAUCACAGUUAUUUUGGAGGAUAUUGAUGAAUGUAAGGAAUUACCUGGACUGUGUCAAGGCGGAACAUGCGUCAACACUUUUGGAAGCUUCCAGUGUGAAUGUCCACGUGGUUUCUAUUUGAAUGAAGAAACCAGAGUAUGUGAAGAUGUUAAUGAGUGCAGUGCUUCACCUGGCAUUUGUGGCCCUGGUACCUGUUUCAACACGGUAGGAAAUUAUACCUGCAUCUGUCCACCAGAUUAUAUGCAGGUUAAUGGUGGAAACAACUGUAUGGACAAUAGGAAGAGCUUCUGCUUCAAAUAUUUUGACCGAGAAAAUGGUACCUGUAAUGGCGAGCUGGCCUUUAAUAUGACAAAGAAGCUGUGUUGCUGUUCAUACAUGAUUGGAAAAGCUUGGAACAGACCAUGUGAGCAGUGUCCACUUCCUGUCACAGAUGACUUUCUGUUCCUUUGCGGCAGUCGAAGGCCUGGGUAUAUUAUUGAUAUAAGCGGACAGGCAGUUGACAUUGACGAAUGCCAUUGGAUUCCUGGUAUUUGUGCAAAUGGUGUGUGCAUUAAUCAACUUGGAAGCUUCCGUUGUGAAUGUCCCAUGGGAUUUCAAUAUAACGAUCAACUGAUCAGCUGUGAAGAUAUGGAUGAAUGUCAGAAUGGCCCCCUUUGUCAACAGAACGCUAAUUGUAUUAACACUCCUGGGAGCUAUCGUUGCGAAUGUUUGCCAGGUUACCGUCUCACAAUAGCAGGACAUUGUAUUGAUCGUAAUGAAUGUCAUGAUAUCCCCAAUGUUUGCAGUCAUGGUCAAUGUACUGACACUGUAGGAAGCUACUACUGCACAUGUCGCAAUGGCUUCAAAGCAACACCAGAUAAAACAAUGUGUAUGGAUAUUGAUGAAUGUGAAAGGCAGCCAUGUGGCAAUGGGACCUGUAAGAACACAGUAGGUUCCUAUAGUUGUUUGUGCUUUCCUGGAUUCAUGCUAUCACAUAACAAUGACUGCAUUGAUAUCGAUGAGUGCACUACCAUGAAUGGUGCUUUGUGUAGAAAUGGACAAUGCAUCAAUACUAUUGGAACAUUCCAGUGCUUCUGCAAUGAAGGUUAUGAACUGACAGCUGAUAGAAGAAGUUGUGUUGAUAUCAAUGAAUGCUUGACUGUGCCUCGCCCUUGUACACCAGGCACCUGUCAAAACCUGGAUGGUUCUUACAGAUGUAUCUGCCCUCCUGGAUACUCACUGAUUGAUGAUAAAUGCAUUGAUAUCGAUGAAUGCGCAUCAGACCCUGGGUUGUGUGUGUCUGGUACAUGUACUAAUACUGAAGGAAGCUACGAGUGUAUCUGUCCACCAGGAUCAAUUCUGUCAGGUGGAAGAAGAUGCAUCGAUAUCAGAGAGAGUUAUUGCUUCUCUAAAUUUGAGAAUGGUGUCUGCUCUGCACCCAAGUUCAAGAACAUCACAAAGGCAACAUGUUGUUGCAGUUUAAUGCCAGGAGAAGGAUGGGGUGUCCCAUGUGAGAUUUGUCCCAAAAGCACAGAGGAAGCAUUUGGAAAACUGUGCCCCGGUGGCUUAAUUGGAACUAGAAUUGAUGUGGAUGGAUCACAUGUAGAUACUGAUGAAUGUGCCAUAGACCCAGGAAUGUGUAAAAAUGGGCAGUGCAUCAACACUGAUGGUUCUUUCCGCUGCGAAUGCCCAUUUGGCUUCAGUAUCGAUUAUACUGGAAUCAACUGUGAAGACACAAAUGAAUGCUCUGUUGGUAAUCCCUGUGGCAAUGGGACGUGUACUAAUGUGAUUGGAGGAUUUGAGUGUGCAUGUGAAGAAGGUUUUGAACCAGGACCGAUGAUUACUUGUGAAGACAUCAAUGAAUGUGCACAAAAUCCUUUACUCUGUGCAUUCCGAUGUGUUAAUACCAUUGGAGGAUAUGAAUGUACAUGUCCUGCUGGCUAUGUUCUAAGAGAAGAUGGGAAGAUGUGCCGAGAUCAGAAUGAAUGUGAGGAACAACUUGAUGGUUGUGCAUCAAGAGGAAUGAUUUGCAAGAACCUGAUUGGAACUUUCAUGUGUAUCUGCCCACCUGGAUUAGUGCGUGCGCCAGAUGGUGAAGGGUGUAUUGAUGAAAAUGAAUGUCGCACCAAACCUGGCAUUUGUCAAAAUGGCCGGUGCAUUAAUACCCCUGGUAGUUACAAGUGUGAUUGCAAUGAAGGAUUCACAGCAAGUUCCACACAGACUGAAUGUAUUGACAACCGUAAAGGUUUUUGUUUCUCCGAAGUACUUCAGACUAUGUGUCAGAUGGCCUCCAGUAGUCGACGUCUUGUUACAAAAUCAGAAUGCUGCUGUGAUGGUGGACGUGGCUGGGGUGCACAAUGUGAAAUCUGCCCUUUGCCAGGAACAGGACCCUAUAAAAAACUAUGUCCACUUGGACCUGGUUACACCACAGAUGGAAAAGAUAUUGAUGAAUGUCAAGUUCUUGCAAACCUGUGUCUGAACGGACAAUGUAUUAAUACUGUGGGAUCAUAUCGAUGUCUGUGCAAGACUGGUUACACCACCGAUCUGUCUGGCGUAUCUUGUGUAGAUCUUGAUGAAUGUGUCCAGGCACCGAAACCUUGUAAUUUCAUCUGCAAGAAUACAGAAGGAAGUUACCAAUGUGCAUGUCCUAGAGGAUAUUUGUUGCAGGAGAAUGGAAAAAGUUGCAAAGAUCUGGAUGAAUGCGCUACAAAGCAGCACAAUUGCCAGUUCCUUUGUGUUAACACGAUAGGUGGAUUUACUUGCAAGUGUCCUCCAGGAUUCACACAGCAUCAUACAGCAUGUAUUGAUAACAAUGAAUGUAUUUCUGAAACUAAUGUUUGUGGAGCUAAAGGCGUGUGCCAGAAUAUCCCAGGCAGCUUUCUCUGUGAAUGCCAGCGUGGAUUUUUGCUGGAUCAAACUGGCCACAGCUGUGAAGAUAUUGAUGAAUGUGAAGGAAGCCAUCGUUGCCAGCAUGGCUGUCAGAACCUGAUUGGUGGAUAUCGAUGCAGCUGUCCACAUGGUUAUCUGCAGCACUAUCAAUGGAAUCAAUGUGUUGAUGAAAAUGAAUGCAUGAAUUCUCAGGUUUGCGGAGGAGCUUCAUGCCACAAUACACUGGGAAGCUACAAGUGUCUUUGUCCAACAGGUUUUUCUUUUGAGCAGCUGACUGGGUCUUGUCAUGACGUUAAUGAAUGUUCUUCGUCCAAAAAUCCAUGCAACUAUGGCUGUUCAAACACUGAUGGAGGUUACUUGUGUGGCUGCCCACCUGGAUAUUACAGAGUUGGUCAAGGGCAUUGCGUUUCUGGAGUCGGAUUCAGCAAAGGCCAGAUGUUUCCAAUAGGAGGUGACACAGAGGACAAUAGUCUGUCACCUGAGGCGUGUUAUGAUUGCAAAAUUAAUGGCUACCCAAAAGGAAGAACCCGAAGAACAACAAAUGAAAAAGAAGCUAUAAUUUCAAAUGAUGCAGAGGAGAAAGAUGCAGACAGUUUGCAAAUGAGCCUUGCCAGUUUAAGUACAGAUAAUCCAUUUAUCUUCAAUCUCAACAUUUCUGAACUCAGCAAUAAGGACCACAUCUUGCAGUUUGUUCCAGCUAUUUCUACCUUGACAAAUCAUGUACGUUACUUGAUUGACCUUGGCAAUGAAAAAGGUCUCUUCAAAAUUAACCAAAAGGAUGGUAUAAGCUAUCUACAUCUGACCAAGAAGAAGCCACUUCCCGGAGCCUACUCAUUAGAAAUAAGCAGUGUGCCCCUCUUUAAAAAGAAGGAACUUGAUCGUCUUGAAGAUAAGCAUGAUAAAGACUACCUCACUGGUGAACUUGGUGGAAUCCUCCAAAUGAAAAUUCAGAUUGUGCUUCAUUAAUACUGAAAAAGAAGAUCACACUGCUUCAGCCAAAAGACGGACUCUUCUAUUGCCAAACAGAUUCUACAUAUCAUGGAUACAAUCUCUUAUUAAUUGUAAUAUGACUGAGCACUGCUUACAUCUAAUGUUAGAAAAGUCAGGAUGCAUACCAUAGCUCGAAACCACUUACUCAGGCUUUGUAUAAAUGCAGCGCUGCUAUUUCAGUAAGACUAGCUUUAGAUGUUGUAUAAUGAUAUGUUGAAUCUUGAAAAACACAGAUAUGAACGUUCCAAUCCAUUUGUUGGACCACUGAUGCUAAGAAUUUCCACUGAUUUUUAGCAGAGCAAUAACAUCAUUCUCUGCAUUGAAAGACAUUUCUUUUAUUGAUCUUUUAAGUUUUACUUUUCAAGUUACGUUUCACUAGAACAAACAUUUAUAUAUGUACCUGGUGCUAGUAACAUGUCAACCUAGAUUGUGACUGCACUGUAAUAUUUUACAAACUUGGUAGCCAAAAAUGCAAUUACUCAGUCUAAGUAUUACCAGAUUGUUUGUUCCAUUACUUAACAAAGAACCAAAGUUAGUCCAGUAGCUUAACUCAGUUAUGCAUUUUUCACUCAUGUAAAUUAAGUGUGUGUAUACUGCAACCAUGCUACUUUUUAAUCAUGGAAAAUUUUGUAUACCAGAUUUCUCUUGUGUGUGUAUGUGUGUGUGUAUGUGUGCGCGUGCAUGAAUGUUUUCAUUUCAACCCUGAGUGAGGGUGUUGCAAUGGUGCUUUCAGAACAACUAUUUCUAAAAAUUAGAUGCAAUAUCCCUCUGUGAAUAAUAAUAUACGUAUUGAGGACUUAAUGAACAGGAACAAAUCAGGUCAUAGGAUUUAUAGCAUUCUCAAAAGCAAGACAAUCAAACUGUCAAACACAGCCUCAUGUAAACCAACAUAUAACUGUACCAAUAUUUUUAUGCAGUUCACCAUCAACAAAUGUUUAGAUCUUCAUUGUCAGUAAUUCCACAAUAAAACAGUAUUUUCAGUUUUAAUACUAA